ACAAAACCAACUUUCCAGUUCGCUUCAAAAUGCAAUCCAAAAAAAAAAAACAAAUCACCAGCAUUCUCAAGCGAACUUAGCUUCUUGGAAAGUUAUUUAUUACAACAAAAAAAAAUGGCCACCCGAAUGUCAGACGUCGUCGUCGUCGGUUUAAUCAAUCUUCCGAACCCAAAACUCGAGUCGAGGAGUGCAAAGUAAAAACUAAAUUUCUUGGUUUUAUAUAUUUUAUUUUAAUUUUAAUCAAAGAAAAAUUCCAAUUGCAUUUAAAUUGCAUCAAAAUGUGAGCAACCAAACAAAAAGUGAAGUGGUCUCAUUUUCAAAAUCUCAAUAAAAAAAAAAGAAAAAUUAGUGAUUUUUCUCCCCAAGUGAAUUUAUAUUUGAAAAAGAAAAGAAGAAAAAAAGAAAAACCUGAGUGUCCAAAAGCAAAAAAAAAGAAGAAAAGAAAGAAGUUAAGAAAAUUUUUCAUUUCCCUUCAAAGUGCGGUUUGUAAUUUUUCUUGUUUUUCCUGAAUGUCUGAUAAAUAAAACAAACCAAAAACCAAAGGAACAGGAAUAUUUUCAAUUCAAGAAAUUAAAGGAAAUUCCUGCUGCUGCUGCUUCUACCACCAUGACGACGGAACCCGGACAAAUUGACCUGUAUGAGUUUCUAACUGAGUCUGAGCUGCAACAUUACUAUAAUUCGUUCAAAAAUGAACUUAAAAUAAAAAGCGCUUCCCAAUUCAAAUACGCAACCGAUGAGGACCUCAAACAAAUUGGACUUUCUCGUCCUGAAAUACGUCGACUACGCAAAUACUAUGAAAAAUACUAUCCCCAUGGAUAUCUUAGUAAAAUCAAACGUCUCCUUCAAACACCCACCAUAGUAAAACGGGAUGAUGGCACCGUAACUUAUAAUACAUCAUCGACUGACGGCAAUGGCGCCAAAUCGGGUACUUCGCCCAGUAAAGCACCAAACAAUAAACACAUUAUCCCGGCCGAUUCAAUUUGUGUGAAUAAGCAAUUGGGCACUGGGGAAUUUGGUAUUGUUCAACAAGGAGUCUGGACAAAUGGCACAGAAAGGAUUCAAGUAGCGAUAAAAUGUUUGUGCCGCGAACGAAUGCAAUCAAAUCCUAUGGAGUUUCUCAAAGAGGCUGCGAUUAUGCACUCAAUCGAACAUGAAAACAUCGUUCGAUUGUAUGGCGUUGUACUUGCUACCGAUUCUUUGAUGUUGGUCACUGAGCUGGCACAUUUACGUUCGCUAUUGGAGUGCCUUAAGGAUUCUGGACUGCGUGUUAGCUUUUUAACUAUACCAACCUUGUGUGAAUUUGCUAUGCAAAUUUGCAAUGGAAUGAAAUAUUUGGAGAACAAACGACUUAUUCAUAGAGAUCUAGCUGCCAGGAAUAUUUUAGUUUUUAGUAAGAACAAAGUGAAAAUCUCUGAUUUCGGUCUGUCUCGAGCGCUGGGCGUUGGCAAGGACUAUUACAAGACUAAUUUCAAUGUAAAUCUUAAACUACCCAUUGCAUGGUGUGCUCCUGAAUGUAUCAAUUAUCUACGUUUUACUAAUGCGUCAGAUGUGUGGGCUUAUGGAGUGUGCUUGUGGGAAAUGUUCUCUUAUGGUUUCCAACCCUGGGCUGCACUUACUGGACUUCAGAUCCUUGAAGCUAUCGAUGAACCAAAUUAUCAACGUCUUGAGCAACCAGACUGUUGUCCACGGGAUUAUUAUAACCUUAUGAUGAAAUGCUGGCAACAUGAUCCAUCUAAAAGGCCUAGAUUCUCAGAAAUCCAUGAAAUGUUGCCUGAACUGAAACCUGAACAACUAAAGACUAUUGUUAAUUCAUUGGAGCCGAAAAAAGAUCAUUUAAUUUAUCGGCAAGGUGAAGUUAUUACUGUUCUUGAGAAAAAUACUAAUACUCCAUUCUGGAGAGGAGUUUUAAACUCAGGGAAAACGGGAUUGUUUAACCCAGCAAACACUAUUGCCUAUACCGAAACUCCGCCUAGUUCAAAUCGGGAAUCAUUUUAUCGUAACAAUGAACGUUGUAGUAAACGUAAAUUGCGAACAGAAAUGAUUUCUAGGCCACAAAACGAUUUUAAACACACCGGACAUAUCGGAAUCGAUGGUGAAUCAUUCGGUGAUGUUGCAUUUUUAGGAAACUCUCAAAGUUAUAAUCAUUUGCCACGCCAAGUCGUAACGCCAUACAAACCAUCUGAAGACAUUGAACAAACGCCUCUAUUACUACCACCAACACCAACUAGCCCAGACUCUUUACAAACUGCCAGUGGUUAUUUUCCCGAAGAGAUACGCACAUCAUCGUCGACAAAUCCGACGUUUAUCAGUUCCAAUGAAAACACACCCAAUCACCAUAACACGUUUGGCGCUCCAUCCUUUGAUUUCUCAUCGACAACGUCAACAACGGCAAUGUCAAAUGCCCAAAAAACGAUGUUUCAUUCAUCUACAAAUCCAUUUGCUUUAGAAUCAACUGCUACAGCGAAUCAUCAUGCUAGAGCCACAGCUUCAAGUAGUAACAGCAGUAGUAAUAGUACAUUUGCAUUGCAAAACAAUAACUAUGGUCUAGAAUCGAAUGCUUUUACAAAUGCCAAUCUAGAAGAUGACUCUCUUCAGGCAUCGAGUGGUUCGAAUAUUGAAGAUCAACAUGAAUACCAUGAGAUAUCCGAUGAUGAGAUCACAGCGGACAAAGUCUUCGAUAUGGGUCCAUCGUUGUUGGAUGAGAUAAAUUCGAUGUUUGGAACAAUUACUGCUGCAGCAGCCACAAGCACAACGGACAGUUUGACAAUGUCCAAAUCUCCCGACUUUGAUCAUUCGCAUAAACUCGCUGAAUUGUCUUCCAAAUUGAAUAGAAAGAACAGUGGUGAUUCAAAUGGAAAUAAGUCCAAAAAGAAGUCUGGAACUGGAACAAUGAAGCCGAUUUCAGUGAAAGAUGAAAAAAUUCUCAACCAUGCAAUUGAAAUUGCGAAUGAGAUUAGUGCGAGGUCAAUGACUGAUUUGGUGUCUGAUCAAACACCCAGUGUUCAGAGUCCUAAACGAAAAUUUAGCUUCCGUUUCCCGCAUUUAUCACAUCAUCAUGGUGCCAAUGAUAAACAUAGUGCUGGUCCAUCUACUGGACAUAAUGGUAAUGCUGGUCCAUUAUCAUCUUACGCAAAGGAGAAGAAAAAUUUCACAGAGGAAUUGAAGAGCAUACCCGACUUACAGCGUUUUCGCCCCAGCGAUUUGGAACCCUUUCCUAUUUCAGACAUUAGAAUACCUAUUUUCGACAAAGAGGCUUCAGACUUCUUCUUUGAAAAAUCUCGCGAAAUCCUUAGUCGCCCGAUUAACAUUGACUUUCGAGAAGACAUCGAGGUCAAUGAUAGCCGGACACCAAGAGAUGUUAUCGGGGAGAAUCUGUUGGACAUUGAGAACACCUUGAAAGCUCUGAAUUUAGAUUUUAUUCAGACCUACAGUGAGCUGGACAAAAAUGAUUCAGCCGAAACACUGUUGAAUGAAAAAUUUGCCAACAUAGUCUCAUCUCUUGAGGGUGAGAUUAGUAGCGCCAGCACAAUUGCUGGGAGCCUGAAAUCAUCAGGAGUGUAUGAUUUCGGCGGUGGCGUUCACACCAAAUUCGACUUCAACUCUGCCACUAGUCAUAUUGAUAAGCACUUGCAACACUACAAUGACAUCAUAGACAAGAUCGAAGACAAGCGAUCAAGCACUCCAGACACCGGAUUCGCUUCCAGAGAAACCAAUCUCUCGCUCUCUCGCCGGAGUAGCCAAAAAAGCAGCUACUCCCCACAAGAUAGCUACUUCAGUCCGAAGGAUAUUAGUUUCUCUGGAAGUUCCAUGGAAGCGCGUGGCUAUAUGAGUGUGAAGAACGAAUUGGCCACCAACAAUUGCACAAAAAUCCAUCAGUCUUCAUCUCCAGUUAAGAAUGUGAAUGCUAGCAACACAUCCAUCUACUCGCAUUCGCAAAUGCAGAACUCUCCAUUAGGUGAUUAUUCGGGCAGUCGACAACGGUCCAUGUCGUUUAAUGAUAAUUAUAAUUUGAAAUCUCCCGUUCUAUCAGAGCCACAACACCGGACUGUGGGACAACAAAAUUUCUCCCACCGCAGUACCGGCUCCUUUCGCAACAAUCCCGUGGGCGGUGCGGGCAACAAGGUAAUGCAAUAUAAACCGCGUAGCAUCAAAGCGCGCACCUUACGGCGUCUGAGCUAUAAUCCAAUUGUACUUGACUCUAGCUCUACAUCAAGCGAUGAGGAGAGCGACUUUGACCGAAGCAUUGCGCACUCCGAGUGCGAUAUACGCACGCGUGUGUCUUCCAAAAGGCGGCGGCAAUAUCUCAAUAGGAAGGCAUUCUCCGCCAGCAAUGACGAAUCGGCCCAGGACAAGUUGUACGGGUCGAAUGCGAGCAUAAAAUCGGCGCCGCACUACAACAACUAUGGCGCCGAAUUGACCCAACGUCGGUAUCGUGGUGGCAAUAACCAUCAGCAGCACUUUUCUCAUGAUAUCCAUCAGCAGCCGCCUCAACAUGGAUAUGAUGAGAAGAUUUAUGAUUUUGGAGGACGUGGUCCUGGCAACAAUUAUGCCAUCAACAUCAACCACGUCAUCAAGCCACCACGAGCUUUCGCCGUGAAUGGGUCAAAUUUUGCCAACAGUCGCAAUUCAAUGUUCCAUGAAUUUGAUGUCUCCAAACUGACUGGUAAGAGUCCAACUUCCACAACUUACUACAAUGCGGGACAGGAAGGAAAGAAAGUGGUUGUUAAGCCACAAAAAACUCCACCUCCACCACCUCAGCAACUCCAACAACAAGUGCAGCAGCAGCUGCUGCAGCAACAACCACAACCGCAGCAACAGCCGCCGCCACCACCACCUCCAGCUGUUCUACAGAAGCAAGUAUCAAUGCCGCAUCAGAGUCAUCAAGGCGGCAACUUCCAUUGGCCAGAGAAGAUUCAUGCCUCAACCGUGAAGCAGAAUGACAUCCUGUGGCGCCAACAACGUUCGCACAGCACAUUUAGCAGUCUCAAAGUCAAACCGGCUUUUUCGAGUGACAGUUCCUCGACAGACACCGAAGAAUUUGAAUUUCGAAAGGACUUCUUGCCUCACAUUCCGCCCAGCCCGGCACCAUAACUAAGAAAAAUGCUUAAAUAUUUAAUGAAUUUACUGUUCGGAAGCGUUAUGCCGCCAACGUCGUCGUCAUCAGCGUCGACGGCGUCGCCGGCUGUCAAACGAUCGUCGGCUCAAUCAAGUUUAAAAUAUUGAAUUGUUAUGGUAUAUUUUUUGUUUUUAUCAAAAAAUAUACGAGUUGAUAGUUGUUGUUGUUAUGUAGUGAGUUAUGAAUGUUUGGCUUUAAACAAAAAAAAUAAAAAAUAUUCAAAAAGGAAAUUACAACAUUUAGAUAUUUGGAAAAGGAACGAGGAAAAGUUUAAUGCUUCUGCGUAAAUUAAUUAAAUCUUUUAAGCAAUUGUACAAAAACAAAAUUCAAUUCAAUUCAAUUAUUUUGUACGGGUGCCUUAAUUUAUUUCCAAAAGCAUUUCCUCGUCCUGAUAUACUACUAAAGAUAUCAUCGCCCUAGUCCAAGUUCAAGUCAUUGUACUUUUGUCAGGUUUAUACUUUUUGUUAGUGGUUUUUAUUUAUGAAGAAGGCACAGAUUCUCUCGAACUAAAAAGUUGAUGGGGAUCUUUUUUUCUAGGAUACAAAACAAACUUACAUAAACAGAGAGGAUGCAAUGCCUCAACGUGAAGUUGUCAAUUUUUCGAUUGAUUUUUCAUACACAAAAGAAAUUUCAAUCAUAUUUAAGAGCUUUUCAGCUUCCCGUCUAGAGAGAAAUGUAUCAGAUUGCCUUAGAGUCAGGAUUUUAUGGAAUUUUUUUUAGGAAUCAAAGCAAAUAUCAACUUAUUCGAAAAUCUUUAAUAACAAGUUGAAAUGCAUUUCAAUUCCUGAUUUUAUUUUCCUGAAUUUUCAAAUUUAACGGAGAAACAUUUGUUGCUU